AUGCCACACUACGAAAGUGAGCCGAAGAUUGAUACGAGUGCUGCGACAGGCGACUGGCGCGAGGCUCUCUUUCGAGAUGGAUUCGUUGUUGUCAAAGGAGUGCUGUCGCCCGAGAAGGCGCAAGGCUACCAGAAGCGCAUGUUCGAGUGGCUUGAGACUUUCCCCUAUGGCUUCAAGGCCGACGAUCCGUCAACUCAUGGCAAGGAGCACCUACCCGAGCACAUGAAAGGUGGAAUGUACCAUGGCUACAAGGUUCAACAUGAGAAGGUCAUCUGGGACGCCCGAACUGAGCCUACUAUCAUCGAUGCAUUUGCGAAGCUGUGGGGUACAGAUGAACUGCUUGUCUCGUUCGACGGUAUGAACCUCACUUUGCCCACAAAAGAUAUGAAGCCAACAACGCCAUGGCCACAUGUCGACCAGAACCCCAAUCGCAAGGGCAUGCAGUGCAUUCAAGGUAUCCUGAACCUUGCUCCUAAUGGUCCAGACGAUGGUGGGCUUGUUGUACUGAAGGGGUCCCACAACGCGAACGAGACAUUCUUCAAAUUGCAUCCCGAGACCAAGGGGGCUGGUACUUGGGGAUCGAUGGAUUGGCAUGGGUUUGAUGAGGAUGAGGUAGCUUGGUUCAAGAACCGUGGAUGCGAGGAGAUCAAGGUCUGCGCUGACCCGGGAGACUUGAUCUUGUGGGACAGUCGCCAGAUCCAUUACAACAGAGUACCAAGCUCUGGAAAUCUCAGAGCGGUCAUGUACAUCUGCUACACACCAGCGAGUUUCGCCUCGAAGGAAGAUCUCGAGGAAAAGGCUUUAUACUUCAAAGAACGAGUCGGAACAACGCACUGGCCACACGCAAACAUCUUCCGUCAAGAGGAUAAGCACAUGCGACUCGGACAGCCGGAUACAUAUUCCAGAGACCGACCGGCUUUUGAGCCGGAAGAAAGCGAUCUUGUGCUCAAAUUGGCUGGUGUCAAGGCGUACUGA